AAAUUAUUAUAUAGUUGGCAUAAACGAAUGUUAUUGUUUACAAAGCAAAACUUAACUUAAUUAGGAUCUUUGAAAUACAUUUUUAAAAUUUAAUUGAAUUCAAUAUGGAAAUGGAUUAUGAGGAUGCGGGUUGGCAAGGACGUCAAAAGCAACCUGGCGAGGAUGAGGAAAUGCCCGAGGAUAAUCCACAGGAAACCAUUCAAGAAUGUCUUGAAAAAUUUCUUACACCUGAUUAUAUAAUGGAACCCGGAAUAUUUACGCAACUAAAGCGCUAUUUCCAAUCCGGUGGAUCUCCAGAAGAAGUUAUUACAAUGCUGUCGGAAAACUAUAAAGCUGUUGCUCAAAUGGCAAAUUUGCUUGCUGAAUGGCUUAUUCUUGCUGGCGUAAAAGUCACCGAUGUACAAGCAAUGGUGGAAAACCAUCUCAAAGAUAUGAUUUUGAAGACCUUUGAUCCUAAAAAAGCGGAUACAAUAUUUACAGAAGAAGGUGAGACGCCUGAUUGGUUAACUGAAAUGAUUGAUCAUCAUACAUGGCGUUCGCUUAUUUAUCGACUGGCGGAGGAGUAUCCCGACUGCUUAAUGUUAAACUUCACCAUAAAAUUAAUCUCAGAUGCUGGUUUCCAAAGCGAAAUCACAUCAAUUUCAACUGCCGCACAACAAAUUGAAGUAUUUUCGCGCGUCCUUAAAACUUCCAUUACAAAGUUCCUUAACAAUCCCGAAGACAUACAAGGCGCUAUACAAGAAUGCGCGCGCAUGGUAUGCCACGGACAGCAUACAUAUGUUUACUCACAAGUACUAAUUCAAGUAUUAAGUCAGGAGACCAAAGGUGGCUUCAAUAUGAAGCGUCUAUCACAAGAGAUCACAAAGUAUGCGCUGCAAAAUAAUCAAAAUGUAACUCCCAUCACUAUGGCUCUUAAUGGCUCUGCGGCAUAUCCACAAGCAUGCCUAGCUCUGUCAUCGAUGCUUUCACGCAACACGCUUAAUCCUGCAGAUAUUACUGUUUUGUUUCGAAAUUAUUCUGCGGCAGACCCACCACCAAUCGAUUUAAUACGCAAUCCUCAAUUCCUGGAAUUGCUCGUAGAUUCUCUAUUCAAAGCUGGAGUAAAAAUUAAUCCUGAACACAAGUCCAAGUAUAUCCAUUUGCUGGCUUAUGCGGCUUCAGUAGUUGACACGCCGGCAAAGAAGCGCCCUAUGACCGAGCGUGUACUCAAUAAAGAUGAAUUGAAAAGUACAAUACAAGCAAUCGAAAAAGUUCACGCAAUUUGCAAUGUUAACAAAGGUUCCACCGAACUAAUUGCGGAAUUGCAAACGCUCUACAAUUGCAUUAAAUAUCCAGUGGUUGGUGUUGGUGUUAUACGUUGGAUUGAGAACACAGUUACUGAGCCGUCUUACUUCAAACUAUCAACCGACAGUUGUCCUACUCAUUUGGCCAUACUAGAUGAAGUCGCUGCUGUGCAUCCCACACUGCAUCAACAGAUUUUACGGUUACUUAUAAGGCUAUUCGAAUCGAAGCAGGAUGAGCUUGAGAUUUUAGUACAAUUAGAAAUGAAGAAAAUGUUAUUGGACCGAAUGGUUAAUCUAUUGACCCGCGGCUGUGUAGUGCCCGUUGUUAAAUAUAUUAAACAGUGCUGCGCUAAAGGUGAUACAGACAUAUCACUCAUACGGUACUUUGUUACUGAAGUACUUGAGACUAUAACGCCACCAUAUUCACCAGAAUUUGUGCAAUUGUUCCUGCCAAUGGUGGAAAAUGAGGAAAUUACGGGUACUAUGCGUGGGGAGGGUGAUAACGAUCCAGUUUCAGAAUUUAUCGUGCACUGCAAAGCUCGUUACACCACCGUGUAAGUUCAGUGAUUACAAGUUAUG